UCCUGAUGAAACUUAAACAACAAAAGUUGAGAACAGGAAAAAGCAGGAAAAAACCAGAGAGCAGUGAAACAGAAAAUGUGAUCAAUAAGGGUAAUAUCAAGGAAACAGGAUUUCAGUCACCAAAAAUAAUCCCAUCAAAGAAACAAAGCAAGAGUUUGCAGCAACAAUUUCUUCUUUCCCAGUUUGGAAGCCUCAAUGUUGCUGCUACAACUACGACAAAGGAAAAUGUGGAAGAUCAUCAAGGUAAACAACAACAGAAGAAACAGAUAUUAGGUCAAAUAUUACAGCAGCCAGAUUCAUCAUCAGUUGAUCAUCAAGCUGGUAAGCAGCCGCUCUUUGCCUUCACUGAUCUCAUUUGCAAGAAAAUUCUGAGGAAGACAGGGACAUAUUUCAAAAAGUGGAAAAGAGCCCGAAGAAAGGAUGCUAAUUGUACUAAUGCUGAACUGACAAAAAAUCAAGCAGCAGAAUCUGGAGUCAGGAAUCUGAGGAAGGAUUCCAGUUGUCGAAGGAACGACGAAGUCACAGAUCAUCAGGAAGCAGAUAGUGAGCUCUGCAAGAAGAAGAUUUUGAUGGGGGAAAAGUGUAGGCCGCUUACUAAAUCCGGGACGCUUCAUUAUGAUGAAACUGGUGUAAUUUUAGCUGAAGAAACUUGAACAUAGAAAGAAUACCGCUGAAGUUUGUUUGAUAAUUUAUGAAAUUUA